AUGAUGCAGAAAGCCAUCGACUUGGUCACACAGGCGACGGAAAAGGACAAGGCAAAGGACUACGCAGAGGCGCUUCGCCUGUACCAACACGGCGUGGAGUACUUUCUCCACGCAAUUAAAUAUGACGCCCCAAACGACAAAACAAAGGAGAGCAUCCGCAACAAGUGCAUCACCUACCUGGAGCGGGCGGAGAAGCUGAAGGAGUACAUCAGCAAUGGAAAGUCGAAGAAGGACAAACCGGUAAAGGACAGCGGCGGCGCCAACGACAAGGAAAACGACUCCGACGGCGACGACUCCGACAACAAGGACGGCAAGGACGACAAGGAGAAGAAGAAGCUGAUGAACCAGCUGGAGGGCGCCAUCGUCAUGGAGAAGCCGAACGUCAAGUGGUCCGACGUGGCCGGCCUGAGCGGCGCCAAGGAGGCGCUGAAGGAGGCAGUGAUCCUGCCCAUCAAGUUCCCCCACCUCUUCACCGGAAACCGCAAACCCUGGAAGGGCAUCCUCCUCUUCGGCCCGCCCGGCACCGGAAAGUCCUACCUGGCGAAGGCGGUCGCCACCGAGGCCAACAACUCCACCUUCUUCUCCGUCUCCAGCUCGAACCUCGUCUCGAAGUGGCUCGGAGAGUCGGAGAAGCUGGUGAAGAACCUCUUUGACCUGGCGCGGUCCCACAAGCCGGCCAUCAUCUUCAUCGACGAGAUCGACUCGCUGUGCAGCAGUCGAAGUGAUAACGAGUCAGAGUCCGCCCGGCGCAUCAAGACGGAGUUUCUGGUGCAGAUGCAGGGCGUCGGCGCCGACAACGACCAGAUUCUGGUGCUGGGCGCCACCAACAUCCCCUGGGUGCUGGAUGCGGCCAUCCGGCGGCGCUUCGAGAAGCGCAUCUACAUCCCCCUGCCCGAGGAGGAGGCCCGCUACUCGAUGAUCAAGAUGAACAUCGGCCAGACGCCCAACUCGCUCAGCGACAAGGACCUGAAGGCGCUGGCGGCGCGAACUGCACAGUUCAGCGGAGCGGACAUCUCCGUCCUCGUCCGCGACGCCCUCUACCAGCCGGUGCGCAAGGUCCAGGGGGCGACGCACUUUAAGAAGGUACGCGGCCCCUCGCAGGACGACCCGAACACGAUGGCCAACGACAUGCUGACGCCCUGUCUGCCGGAGGAGCCGGGCGCCAUUCGCAUGAGCUGGAUGGACGUGCCCAGCGACAAGCUGCUCGAGCCGAAGGUCUGCAUGUCCGACAUGCUCAGCUCGCUGGCCAACGCCAAGCCCACCGUCAACGACGACGACCUGGAGAAGCUGAAGAAGUUCAUGGACGACUUUGGCCAGGAGGGAUGA